CCGGAAGCCGGCAACGAAUGACAAAAUCUGUAUUGUAUUUGACGUGGAAGAUGACCGAAAGUUAGUUUUCUCCCUACUUUUUUUUUUUUUUUUUACUUUUAAUCACCGCGGUUGUUUAGUGUUCUCCGAGAUGAUGCAAGCUUUGAAAGGCGCCCGGCACCUGCACUCCAGUACAGUGAAGCAAGCAGUUUCAGAGCUCUGUGUUCCGGUCCCAUGGGGAGAGAUCAGAGGGAAAGUCUGGGGUCCCGAUCACGGUCGUCCUGUGCUGUGUGUGCAUGGCUGGGCUGACAACUGUGGGACAUUCAACAACCUCAUCCCCCUUCUACCCAAAGAGUGCAGAUAUGUGGCGGUGGACCUGGCGGGUCACGGUCUGUCAUCACAUCGUCCUCCCGGAGUUUUCUACACUUUUCCCUCCUACGUGAUGGAUGUUCGCAGGGUCGUUGACGCUCUGCAGUGGAAUAAAUUCUCCAUCAUAGGCCACAGUAUGGGUGGAAAUAUUGCUGGACUGUUCAGCGCGCUGUAUCCUGAGAUGGUGGAUGCUGUCGUACUGCUGGACUCCUACGGAUUCUUACCCACAGAUCUGAAAGAAAUACCUAAAGUGGUGAGACAGGGCUUUGAGGAGUUGCUUCUGUAUGAAAAAAAGCCAGAAGAGAAGAAGACAAGAGUUUACACUUAUGAAAAUGCCGUGGAGAGGCUGUCGGCUGCAAACCCCACUCUGUCUGAACAGUCUGUGCACAUCCUUCUAGAGCGAGGUCUAGUUCAAGUUGAAGGAGGAGUGGUGUUCUCCAGAGACUUUCGUAUUAAUCUGAAAAACAUAGUGCGCAUCAGUUUGGAGCAGAGUCUGGAGCUGCAGUCGAGGAUAAAAGCCUCUGUUCUAGUUGUUCUAGCAGAAGACGGCUUUGAGAAGAUGUUUUCCGAACCAGAUCAAAAAAGAUUUACGUCAGCACUUCUCCAGGGCUAUAGGGACAGAAAUCACGAGGUGUUGACUGUACCAGGCGAUCAUCACAUCCAUCUGAACAAACCUGAUGUCGUUGCUCAACCUGUAUCUGACUUCCUGCUGACCAAAGUGCUCUCAGAGUCGACGAGCCAAACAGACGAGCAGGCCUCAAAGUUAUAAUGAACACAGAUGAGCAACAGUUACGCCUUAAUUCAUAUUACACCAGCUCUUUUGUACUGAACUGUUGAAACUCACCUCGAUGCUUUAACCUCAGUCAACCUGCUGCAACAGCGUCAACUAGUCGCAUCAUGUUACAUGUGGUGUACAGCUGCAGUCAUUUCCAUAUUUUAACAGACUGUAAUGUGUAUUGUUUUGAGUGACAGAGCUAUAUGAGCAAUGUAAGCCAUGUUUCACAUCGAGCUGCUCGUCUCUAACUCCAGAUGGUGUGUAAAAAAAAAAAAAAAAGUGAAGUGGGAGUGUUUUGAGUGAUAGAUCAGCAAAAGGCAUGUAAAUUGUGGUUUUAACUCAGUUCGGGUCUUUUGCUGUUUGAUCCAGCGAGUGGAUGUUUUUGGAACCAGGUUUACUCAAUGUAGUGAUUUAGUAUCAAGCCGAUAUUGAUCAAAUAUUAACUUUUUUGAGAUUGCAUGUCAUGUAGUAUUAUAUGUAUUUGACACAUGACACAUCCUGUAACAUAUCUCUUAAAUUAUUAUUGACAACUUGAAAAGUAACAGUAAAAGGUAACACUUGAAAACAUGUGCGGCUGAUGAUGGCUUGAAAGAGUACUCUGCUGAUUAAACAUUGCACUCCUUUAACAUUA